AUGGCCUCUCUGAAAGACAUUCCAAAUGUCACUCUAUUAGCACUUGACGUGACCAAAAUCCAGGAUAUCAAAACAGCUAAGGAAGCUGUCUCCUCGCAGACUGACGGUCGACUUUCUUGCCUCGUUAAUAAUGCUGCGCGUAACCAUUUCAUGCCAUUUCUCGACGACGAUAUCGAUGCAGCCAAGAGAAUGUUCGAAACGAAUGUCUGGGCCCCUCUCGCCGUUACUCAGGCUUUUGCGCCUCUUCUCAUUGAGACACAGGGCGCGCUGGUGAACAUUACUUCGAUCGCCGGUCAUGGCCCUGUGCCAACACUGGAGCAGAUCGCGGAGGUCUUUCGACUUGACCUUGCGCCCUUCAAUGUGAAACGCUUAUACGUCGUUACCGGAGCCGUCCCCACAAAUGGCCAGUCCUACUUUGAAGAUUGGGCGCUUCCCUCUGGAUCACUGUAUAAGCCGGUUGAAAAGAUUAUGGCCAGUGUUGUGCGCGCCACUAACGGGAUGGCACGAAUGCCGAGGGUCGAAUAUGCGAAUACCGUUGUCGAUACCAUUCUAGCUAGUACUACGGGCAGAAUUUGGAUGGGUGGGCGAGCACAGGAGGCGAAAAUGCUCCAACUGAGGGAGAAGGUGCUGCGUUUAGGGACAAUAUGGUCAUGA